GUUAAUCUUCGUGUUUACGAAGAGCCACCAUAAAGAAAAACCCUAGAACAACAACAUAACGCAUUUUAAACGCCUUAAAUCCAGAGCACAAUCAUGUCUGAGGGACCUUCAAGGAUCUCUGGGCCAAUUCCACCGGAUCCAUCACUCUUUCCUGAAUGCUAUAAACGACCCAGCUCUGCUCGGGGUCGUCUGGAAGGAAAUUCUCCGAGUGGAAUUUCAUUGUGGUUAAAUGGGCCCUUAGCUCCAGAACCUUCAUUGUAUCCUGGAUGUUACAGCGCCCGCACUCCUCAUCCUCCCCGCGUUGGCCCUAAUGCUACACACAUCCUGAAAAGAGAUCGAGAGGGAGAGGUUGGGGCCAUUCUUAAACUGGAAGGUGCCCUUCUGACCCCCAGCCCCAUUAAACACAAACCAGCAGUACGGGAUUUCGGUAAAGAGAAUGCACGUAGGCUGCGUGAGAUCCAGAGAAGAAUUCGUGAGCAAGAGGUGCAGAAAGAUCGUGCAAAACCGGUACCUGUAAAAGCCUUGUGGACCUCUUCCAAAUAUGAAAACACCCCCUCCAGGUUCAUGGCCCUGUCUGAGGAAAAAGGCAAAGUACAGAGGCCCGAGUGCAAAAACUUUCUGAAGGCUCACUCUGUCUCUGGUUCUGGUGGUCGGUCUCCGUCUCAACAGUCUUCCACAACCACAGCUUCACUCUCUGGAGCUGGCCCAAAUACACCAGACUCACAAUUACAGCUUGAAAUAAGGGGACACAUCAUAGACUUUGUAAGUCAUAAUGCUCGUGCUGCAGGAAAGACUGUACUGAGACGCUCUCAGUCCAUGCAGAACCUUCACAACAAGCAACCACCAAGCGCAAUCAAGGGUCAAGUCCCACAGUAUCUGGAGGACAGAAAGGACCAGUGGCGAAAAGAGGCAAACGAGAGAAAGAAAAACACUCCUGACCCAUCCAUACCUGCUGGACACACUCAGAUGUCGGAUAAGGAGAGACAGGAAACUCUGCAGUCUCUCAAAGAAACCCACAGGUCUCUAGUGAGUGAGAUGCUCUCUCUCCCAAUGAGGACAGAUACUCUGAGUGUGCGUUCCCGCCGCGCAGAACUCGACCGACGUCUCUCUGAGGUUGAGGAGGCCAUCAAAAUCUUUUCCCGUGAAAAAGUCUACAUAAAAAACGACUCUUAAACAUCACAUUUAAACACAGAGAAACAACGUACACUAUAUUCAUAUAGUAUCCCAGUUUUUCAAUCCGGAAUAGCAUCGAUUCUCUUGAAUCUCAAGUCUUGAAUGGUUUGUGGUUAGACCACGAAUGGUUUGAACCAUUUUUAAGAAAAAAUCAGUGAUAAAAUGGAGUGGAGUCUGUGCUCUAGAACUUCACGUAAAUCUUUAAUGAUGAUAGUGUGUAUUAAACCACUCUUAAAUAUCAGUAUGAAUGGGAAAUUUUUUGGCCCAAUUUGGAUGUACUCAAUUUCCCUUUGCUGUUUGCACUAUGCCGACACUGGCUGCAGGCUAGCACACGCCUUUUCUACCACAUGUAAAUUUGGCAGCUGCAUAUUUACAUUACGGAUUCUAAGAGAGCCUCAGCAUGGACAGAGGACCAUGCUCUUCUCUUUGUGUUUUAUACCACUUAUGUUGGCACCUUAAUCAGACAGUAAGAGACACUCCGGCAGGGGCAAGGAGGUUAUACUAUACUGUCUUUCCUUUCUCAGACACAGUCAAUUGUCUGUCACGUCUGCUGAUCUGAUGUGCUAGCAUAUUAGACUGCUGUGCUACCCAAGUGUCCUCCUCCAUUAAAAAACAGUUGGCAGCUGACAUUGUGUUGAAAUCACCCUUUAGCUUUUUUUACCCAGAUGAAAAUAACUAAAUGAAUCUUUGUGAGAUUUAACCAAUAACUGAUUUUUUUUUUUUAUGUAAACAUUUAAGAAAGGAAAUGUUGCAUUUUGCUGUAUGUUACCUAAGGUCAGAACUUGUUUAUACAUAAUGUAUGCUGCUGGCAAGUUAAUUAAAACUUAAUUGUGCAA